CUUCUCCUCUCUCCUGACUUUCUACUUUUCAUUAUCUCUCUACACUUUAUCUCUCUACCUUGUUCUCUCAAUUUUCACCUUAAACAUAAACUGACUUGAUCGUCGGAGCUUAAUCCGGGGGGCAACCCCGGCUCUUUCACAGUUCUCUUCCCUCCCGACGAGAUCACACGAACGGAUCGUGAGUUGACCCCACACCAACAAAUAUCAUUAUUCGUGUCCUGAGCUAGAAGGUACAAACAAUUACAAAAAUAGCACCCUUUCUGCAAAACCGCCACCCGUACCAACGGUUUAGGCGAAAACCGCCAGUCGAGGGCGCGUUUUUCGAUGAAAUCGCACUGGUAGGGGGCCGUUUUACAGACCGCACCCCCACCAUGCGGUUUGGUUGCAGACCGCACCCCCACCAUGCGGUUUGCUUUUUUUUUUUUUUGAAAAAUCCUAACCUAGGUGGAAACUUCAAAUGAGCGUAUCUUUGUGUUCGGGUGUCCGAUCGUCGCGAAUUUUUUUUUUAUUCUGCAUAACCUUUUGAGAUCUUGCAAGCCGAAGGUGGUUAGGUCCUGCCUUCGUCCCAAAAAAUGUCGUUUGCUACCCCGAACGAGCUUUUUUUCCAAUUUCGUCAAACUUUGGACAACCAUAACUUUGUGCUCCAAAAUCCAAACGGCAUGAAAUUUUUUUUAUUUCGCAUAAAUUUUUAAGGAAUACAACUUUUAUCAUAGUCAUAAUUUCAAUAUGUACAUGGAUUGCUGAGAAGGGAAGGUAAGCUAUUCCCAAAAUCCUGUGUAUCCAAAAAUAAUUCCUGUUUUGAAAAUUCUAAAAAAUCAAUCAUGCGAUCUAUAUAUACAACCCUACACAUGAACAAUGAUGAACUACAAUAUCCAAACACACACAUGUACACAAAAAUCCCACACAUCAAUGUUGCAGUUCUACUACUUCCCUCUUCAGAUCCGCCGGCGGCAAGAAAUAAUCCGGCGACAGCCCCUGAAUAUUGAAAUCCACCUCGUCGAUCUCCCACGCCUCCUCCACCCUCCUCCGCUGGUUCUGCACGGCGUCGCCGUACCUGAAGAGCGUGGUCACCGUCUCCCCUCGGUGCGCCACGUUGAUCCCUUCGACGCAGCGGUAGUCCCUGAUGAAGGUGGUGAUGUUGGUCUCCCAGAAGACGCAGUUGUUGGCCCGCACCGACUUGAUCAUCUUCACCAGCUUGGUGUCGCUGAACUUGACGAGCAGCCCGGUCUUGUGGCUGAAGUGGCCCCAAACGGUGUGGUGGAGGAUCUCGGUGCUGGGCGAGCUCUGGAACUUGAGGACGGAGUAGUCGGUGUCGAGCUUGAGGACGAAGCAGUCCUCGUGCUCGAUCUCCUCCUCGCCGACGAAGGUCGCCUCGAUGAACAGUUUGGCCACGCACCGGGGGUCCAGUCCCUAGUGUUUCGUCAUCAAAGUUGGCGGAGCUAGCUAGGUAUUAGUUCAUUAUUUGACAAGAUGAGGCUUGGUACGUAGCCAUUAUAGUUAGUGAUACGAUGGAUAUCUGUCUGAAUCUGAUCUAAUUUGGGUAGAUUAAAGUCGAAUUCAAAUAUUCUGAGUAAUGGAUGAGUAAUAUUGGGGUUUCUCAUUGUUCAAUCCAAACCCUUUCGAUUUUACAUGUAUAUUUUGUUUAAAAAUAUAAUUAUUUUACUUAAUAUAUCAUUAUUAGGGUCAGACUGGCUGGUGUAUUCAUGGAUUAUUAUACUAUGAUUCAGGUACUCUUAGUGAGAUAUCUCUAUUUAGACCAUGAUAAACAGAUAGGGGCCAUUCUCGAGGAGGUCGCGUGCGUUAUUUCAUGAGUAACAAUGGACUUACAGUGCAAUUUGUAGAACGGAGUAGUAAUAGGGUAGCUCAUUUGAUGGCUAAAAAAAUCAUUUCUUUGUACCUGACUACAUGUGGUUUCUUUGAUUUUCUGGCCUGGUUAAAUUCCAGGAAGUUAUGAUCUAUUUUGUCAAUCAAUAUAUAUAAUUAUCUUUU